ACACGGCCAUAUUUUGAUUAUCCUUGACCACUGUACUACUAUCGUCCAAGCAGCUCGCGUGUCUUAUCGUCCGACAGACUUGAAGUCGAUUCACGCAGCUUACGCAUAGGACACGACAUCCGACAAUUAGAUCGUUCCUUUCUCUUGCAAGUACACACACAAAUCUCGAUAGACCACCGUCGACCGGUCAUCAUCCACCGUCUUCGCCUUUCAAAGGAGGACAGCCCGGUUCAUGUUCACAAUGCCUCAAAGACUUCCACGUAAUCCAUUCGCCAGUUCUCCCAAUACCGCGACUGCCAUCCCACCUUCAGAGAAGCCCACCGCCCGCAGGCCUUCGACUUCCAAGGCUAAUAGAUUGUCCCAAUUCUUCUCUUCCUCCCCGAAGAGCAAGGAGCAGCAAUCUGCGCAGGCGGCGCUCCUAUCUGCGGUGGCAGCGCAGCAGCAACACCUCCUGAACAAUCCAUCUCCGCAGAUUAGCGCGCCCUCUCUGUCGUUACCAACGAUUUCCCUGUCCACAGCCAAGGGGGGAGAGGCAAACAUGGAUGAGCCUCCGACCACGCUUUUCCAGCCUCCGUCUGUGGCUGAGGCUAAGAAGCAGGCGCGCAUCGACGCUCAGUUCGCGCCUAUUGGGAGCCAGAGCCAUCGCUAUGUCAGUAAGCAUAUGGGGGAAGAGUUCCCGGAACCCAUCAUGGACGAACCACCAUACUAUUACCUCUUGACAACGUACAUAAGCUACCUCGUUCUCAUCAUCUUCGGUCAUAUCAGAGAUUUCUUCGGCAAGCGGUUCAGGCCCGAGCAUUACCGACACCUGAAAGCUGCCAAUGGUUACGCGGCUCUGAAUAGCGACUUUGACAAUUUCUAUGUGCGGAGAUUGAAGAUGAGGAUUGACGAUUGUUUCGCUCGGCCCAUCACCGGCGUCCCGGGGAGAUACAUCACGCUCAUGGACCGGAAGACAGACGACUUCAAUGAGCAUUUCCAAUUCACCGGGACAUAUACAGAAACACUCAACAUGAGCUCGUACAACUACCUUGGUUUUGCCCAAUCAGAGGGUCCAUGCGCCGACGCUGUGGAAGAGGCUAUCAAGAAGUACGGCGUCAGUGCUGCCAGUCCUCGUGCAGAUGUUGGCACCUCUGAUCUGGCCCUGGAAGUAGAGGAUAGAAUUGCAAAGUUUGUCGGCAAGCCAGCCGCGAUGGUUUUCUCCAUGGGAUUCGCAACGAAUGCAACCUCUUUCCCUGCAUUGGUUGGCAAGGGUUGCCUCAUCAUUUCGGAUGAGCUGAACCACGCGUCGAUCCGUAUCGGGGCACGUCUCUCUGGCGCCAUGAUCAGUUCCUUCAAGCACAAUGACAUGAACGAUCUUGAGAAAAAGCUCCGAGAGUUCAUCUCCCAGGGACAGCCACGUACGCAUCGCCCAUGGAAGAAGAUCUUGAUCGUUGUCGAGGGACUGUACUCCAUGGAAGGGACAAUGUGCAAUCUCCCUGGUCUGUUGAAGCUUAAGAAGAGAUACAAGUUCCACCUCUUCAUCGACGAAGCCCAUUCCAUCGGAGCUCUUGGCCCUCGCGGACGUGGGGUCUGCGAUUAUUUCGGCAUUGAUCCUUCCGAGGUUGACAUUCUUAUGGGCACUCUGACGAAGUCAUUCGGUGCAAAUGGAGGAUACGUUGCAGCUGAGAAGCACAUUAUCGAUAAGCUCCGGGUGACUAACGCAGGAACCAUCUAUGGUGAAUCGCCCGCUCCUCCCGUCCUCAUGCAGAUUCUCAGCGCUGUCAAGAUCAUCUCUGGUGAGCUUGUCCCUGGCCAAGGAGAAGAGCGUCUCCAGCGCAUUGCUUUCAACUCUCGCUAUCUCCGACUUGGAUUGAAGCGUCUCGGCUACAUUGUCUACGGGCACGAUGACUCUCCUAUUAUUCCCAUUGUCCUCUACAACCCGGCGAAGAUGCCCGCCUUCUCUCACGAAAUGCUUCGGCGGAAGAUCUCAGUCGUUAUUGUUGGAUACCCUGCUACUCCGCUCAUCUCCUCCCGAGCACGCUUCUGUGUGUCUGCGGCUCACAACAAGGACGACAUGGACCGUCUCUUGGCUGCUUGUGACGAGAUUGGUAACGUACUCCAGCUCAAGUUCUCUACUGGCGUUGCGGGCGGCGCGGAAAACCUUCCCGAUGGUGUGACCCCAGAGAUGGAGAAGGAGUGGCAGAAAGCGAACGGCCUGCAAGGCGUGGUCAAGCCACCUCGCUGGACGUUGCGAGAAAUCAUCGCGAAUGGCGUGCAAGACGUCAAGAAGCCUCUGCGGUGAUUUGGACUUUGCAAUGAAUGGGAGCCUCGAGCCAGGACAUGACAGGGAGCACUGGGCUUAGAUUCGCGGACCUUGGGUCGGAUGAACACUAUAUCUCGAAUGUCGCGCGUCUCCUCGACGGAUACUCCGCACCCAGCCGUUGGUUAGUCUAACAUUCUGGACGGGACGGCGACAGGGCCUUUCUCUUUCUAGUCCAAGUGCU